CUAUCCCUAGGUAUUAUUAUAAUUUAUAGUACAACACUAUUGUACAUGUUUGACAUAACUGAUAACUGAUUACUGUUGACAGAAUCUAUUGGUAACUAAAAUCCAAAACCAAACAAUAAUCGAUACAUAAAUAAAAUAUAGUAGAAUGAACGUUUUGUGAACACUUCACCGAUCUUUGUAACUUGAUAAAUAUAUUGACUAAGUUUCAUAAGUCAUAAACUAGAAUUUGUUAUGAAUAGUUGAGCUGCGUUUUAAACUAAGAAAAUCGUGUUAGAAAUGGCGACAGCAGUGACUACAACCCAGAAAAAAACCGGCGGCUCGAAUAAUGCUACAGGUGGGGUAAGAAAGAAAUCUGGUCCUAAAUUUGAACUCACAGAAGAACAGAGACGUGAUAUAAAGGAAGCUUUUGAUCUCUUUGAUACCGAGAACACAGGAAAGAUUGACACAAAAGAGUUAAAAGUGGCCAUCAGAGCUCUCGGUUUUGAACCUAAAAAGGAAGAAAUCAAAAAGAUGAUUGCAGAAAUAGACAAGGGAGAUGGGAAAGUGUCUUUUGAUGAUUUCUUGGAACUAAUGACAUUUAAAAUGGCUGAAAAAGAUACUAAGGAAGAGAUUAUGAAGGCUUUCAAACUAUUUGAUGAUGAUGAAACUGGUAAAAUUUCAUUUAAGAAUUUAAAGAGAGUUGCAAGAGAACUUGGAGAGAACUUAACGGAUGAGGAGUUACAUGAAAUGAUAGAUGAAGCAGACAGAGAUGGUGAUGGGGAAAUCAAUCAAGAAGAAUUUUUACGUAUUAUGAAGAAAACCAGUCUGUAUUAGUUCUAAGACUACUGAAUAUCUUAAGAUUACUGAAUAUUACUUCACUUUUAAAAAUUGAACCCAAUUAAGGAUUUUUUAAAUUGUGGAAAUUUAAAUUAAUACUACUACUAUUAAUACUGAUUGCAUAGAUAACACUGUUAUUAUUCAAAAUCUGAAAGAAUAUAAAAGGGGAUCACCAAAAUUGCCAAAAAUACUUACAUUCCACCUUGUAUGUAAUAUGUACAAAUCAACAUUAAAUGGUCCUAAACCUUGUAUAGGAGUGUUAAUUCUAAGAUCUGUAUUUUGUUCAGUAGAUUUGAGUACUUACUUUAAUAAUUUAAAUAAGUUUAAUUUGUUUUAUGUUUAUUAUAGUGAGUAAAUAGUACCAAACCCACAAAAUGGUAUAAUAACUAGGGAUGUUAUGGAUAUUUGCAUUGGCCUACACACUGAGGGACUUCAGCAUUAAUUGUAACAUCCAUAUCUAUCUACACAUUUUUUGAGGAUGCAGAUUUCAAAUUCUUAUGCAGCAUGCACCUGUGCGAAACAGGGUAGACUCUGAAUAAGUAACAACUUUAAAGAUUUAUAUCUAUAGUCAUUCUAGAUUUACAUCUAGAAUGAACUAUUUUUCAACAUUCCUUAAUAAAACAUAUUACUACAAAAAGGUCAUGGAAAAUUACAUUUUUAAACCUGUGGAUGUUAAACUUGGCUGACUGUUCCAUGUUUGUAGUAGCACAAUGGCAUAGUUGGGAAUGGAACGAAAUUCUAUUUCAUGUUUUUUUACUGCACAUUUUGUAAGUUAAACUUUCUUGUAGCUUUAACAUUUUACCUAUUUUUGUGUGCACUUUCUUUCUAGUCAAUUAAUUUGUUUACUGAUAUAGCCACAAACUAAACCGCACAUUAUAUGGGUAUGCAUUUAAGUUAUUAGCCUAAGCAAGAUCCCAACAUACAUGACAUAUUUUAGAAUAUAGUAUAAACUCAUAAUUCCUUUUCUGUGAGUUAUUAUUGUUACUUUAGCCUUUUGUGAAACAAUUUGUAUGUUAUCAGUUGACCUUUUGUAGUUUUAUCUAACAAGAAGGAUGUAAUAUUCAUUCCAUAUAAUGGCUCUAAAUUUUUUAGUCACUAGCAGAUAAUGCGACCCAUUAUUGCGUAAGAUGUGUUUUUAUGUUUAUGCUAAGAAAACUGUUUUGUGAUAUUUGCCUCUAUAAUAAAUUUCUUAUUAUAUAA